AUGUCAUCAAGUGAUUCUGAAGCUACCACCAAUAACACCACUACUAGUGAUUCUCUCAAACCGUCUACUCCUCAUUAUACUUCCAAAUUCUCAUCACUCUCUGGAUUUGGUAUGAAAAUUUUGGGAAAGUACGGAUUUCAAGCUGGUGAAGGAUUGGGAAAGAACAAGGAUGGCAUCAAGGAUCAUGUAACUACUUCUAAAAAGUAUCAUCAAACAGGUAUUGGUAUUGGUUCUGAAAAGGAAAAGAAACCAAAUUAUUGGUGGGAAAACUCUUAUAAUCAAAUGUUGGAUAAUAUUGCCAAGAAGAAAUCUACUUCCGAUUCUGAUUCAAGCAGUGAUUCAUCUGAUGAGGAAGAAAAGAAAAAGAAGGAAAAGAAGGAAAAGAAGGAAAAAAAGAAGGAGAAGAAGGAAAAAAAGGAAAAGAAAGAGGAAUCCGAAGAAAAAUCCGACAAGAAGAAGAAGGAAAAGAAAGAAAAGAAAGAAAAGAAGAGUAAGAAGAGAUCCAAAGAAGAUUCUUCUGAUAGUGACUCUAAUUCAUCAAAUGAAGAAAAAACAAGCAAAAAGACUAAACAUUGCACAGUAGAAGGAUCUUCAGUUUUACAACCAGAAUUUUUCAAAGAAUGUGAAGGAAGAACUUUGAAGAAAUACAGACAAGAGGGUAAAGAAUCCAGAGCUAAGAAACACGAAGAUGAAUUAAUUGCAAAAUUGAAGGAAGCCAAAGAGAAAAUGGAUGCUUUCAAUCAACAAAGAAAAUUCAAACAUGUUGUUACUGAGAAGAGAAAGGUUCAACAAAACAAGGUCAAAGUUUAUAGAGAUUUUGAAGAUUAAUAUUUAUGAAAUAUUUGACAUUGGAUGCUGUUUGAAAAUCAGCCUUUCAGCUCCUUGCUCUUGAUAUUCAUCAAGUUUCAUCCAAUACGUACUAUUAUUAUAAUUAUUGAUUAAGAGAGAUUUUCCACCCAUCCAAGCAGAGUUCUCAUGAUUACUUUCACCAGUAACAUUAAUUAAUGAGCCUGAAGGUGAAAUUUUUCUAAUUUCAUUUUCGAGUCUUGUGUUGAAUCCUUUAAAUAAAGUAUUUCC